CCAAUUUUUCAAUUCUUGAAGCGUUUUCUAUCAAGAAAAGUAAAAAAAUCAUGACGAAAAUCGAUGCCCUCCGUCGAUUCCUCCUCCCUUGUAUCCACCCUAGUCCUACACUGAACCCUUCGCCACCUAUCACCACCACCAAGAAACGCCUCAGCACAUCCCUCCGUGAUGAUCUUGAAGACAAGAAUCCUUUAACCAAUCAAGAAAGCAUUCAACGAGAGAAUCAACACCAAGGCUCCGACGAUGACGAUCCCACCUCUCCGGUGACUCCUCUUUUGGCGCCAUCACGAUCCUCCAGGACAAUGGUUACCGGAACAAUCUUUGGGCACCGCCGUGGCGGCCAUGUGUGGUUCUGCGUGCAGCAUGAUCGACUCAAUACCCGUCCUUCUCUCCUCCUUGAGCUCUCCAUCCCGACCACUAGUCUUGUCCAUGAAAUGCAAUAUGGGCUGGUCCGUAUUUCACUCGAGUUCAACGCCGAUGAAUCCCCCGAAUCUGAACUCAGUCGCUGCCCUCUCCACUCUGUCCCCAUUUGGUCCCUAUCCUGCAACGGCCGGAAGUUGGGUUUUGCCGUCCGCCGCAAGGCUACACAGCAGAACCGCCUAAUGCUCAAGACCAUGCAAAAUAUCACAGUCGGAGCGGGGGUUAUUCCUCCUGGUUCUGGAUCCGGAUCGGAGGAGAUAAUGUACAUGCGGGCCAAUUACGAGUGUGUUGUAGGCAGUGCAGACUCCGAAUCUUUCCAUUUGAUCAGCCCGGAUAAUGGCCCGGGCCAAGAACUCAGCAUUUUCCUUCUGAGAUCAAGGUGAUCGGUAUUUCAAGAAACAAAAUAGUGAUUUCGAAAUUUGGGAAACUUUUAUUCAUGAGGACAAAACACUCCAUUUUUUUUUAUUUUUUUUUGGCCAAGACUUCAAAUCUUCUUUGAGAAAGUUUGUGUUUGUGAGAAGAAAAAUCUCAGAUUUUAAUUUAUUUUUCGAUUUUUCGAAAAAGAUGGCUUUUCUGAACUGGAAUGUGUAUCAUAUAAUCAAGA